AUGUCUCCUCCUGCGCUGGAUGCCGACGAGGUCAACUCGGCCGGCUUUUCCAGCCCCAGCCCGCAAUCCGAGCUUCCAACCCCCAGCAUCGACGCUCCGGCGCUCGACCAAACUCCCGCGCCGGCGGUCCAGUACCCUCCUGGCAUCUUCCCCAAUGGCGCCAGCUUCCCGAUUCCGGAUGGCCUCCUAGCUGCGGCAGCAGCCGCCGCCGCCGGCUCCGCGUCGACGCCAAACCCACAACCCUCCAACGGCACUGCUGCGCCCCUCAACGGUUCCAACGGCUCCAACGGUGUGCGGACAGCCAACGGGUACGAGCCCGUCGCCAUCGUAGGCAUGGCGUGCCGCCUCCCCGGCAACGCGUCGGACCCUGAAGAGUUCUACGAGCUCUGCUGUCGCGCCCGCAGCGGCUGGUGCGAGAUCCCUCCCGAGCGGUGGAGCAAAGCCGGCUACUACCACCCCAACCCCGACAAGCUCGGCGCCUUCAACCCCGUGGGCGGAUGUUUCCUGACCGAAGACGUCGGCCUGUUCGACGCGCCCUUCUUUAAUAUCACCGAGAGGGAGGCCAUCUCCAUGGACCCCCAGCAUCGCCUCAUCCUCGAGUGCACCUUUGAAGCUCUCGAGAAUGCCGGUAUCCCCAAGCACAAGCUCGUGGGCAAGAACGUCGGCGUGUACGCGGGCGGCUCCUUCACCGACUACGAGCUCAACAACCUCCGCGAUCUCGACACCGCGCCCAUGUACCAGUCGACCGGCAACGCGCCCUCGCUCAUGUCCAACCGAAUCUCGUACUUUUUCGACUUCCGCGGGCCCAGCCACACCAUCGAGACCGCCUGCUCCUCGAGUUUGACCGCUCUCCACAUCGCCAUGCAGAGCUUGCAAAACGGCGACUCCUCCGUCGUGGUCUUGGCGUCCAGCCAUCUCAACCUCCUUCCCGACCACUUCGUGUCCAUGUCGUCCCAGGGCCUGCUCUCGGGCGACGGAAGAUCGUAUGCGUUCGACUCCCGCGCCAACGGGUUCGGUCGCGGAGAAGGCGCUGGCGUCGUGAUCCUUAAGCCCCUGGCGGAUGCUAUCCGGGACAACGACAACAUCCGCGCCGUCAUCGCCGGCACCGGCGUCAACCAGGACGGACGCACCAACGGCAUCACCAUGCCCAACGGCGAGGCGCAGCUGGAUCUCAUGCGCAAGGUGUACCGCGAUGCCGGUUUGGACCCCAAGCUCACCGGAUACGUCGAGGCCCACGGUACUGGUACCAAGGUCGGCGAUCCGCUCGAGAUGCGCGCGCUCCACAACAUGUUUAACGAGGGCCGGUCCAAGCUAAGGCCCCUGUACGUGGGCUCCGUCAAGACAAACGUCGGCCAUCUCGAGGGCGCCAGCGGCAUCGUCUCGCUCAUCAAGGCCACCCUGAUGCUGGAACGAGGCUACAUCCUGCCCAACUACGAUUUCCAAAAGGGAAAUCCCGAGAUCCCCUUUGACGAGUGGGGCAUCAAGGUCCCCGCCAAGCUGAUCCCCUGGCCCAAGCAAAAGAAGUACAUCAGCAUCAACAGCUUCGGCUUCGGCGGCGGCAACGCCCACGCCGUCCUCACCGCCGCCCCCAAGCGCACCAAUCUCCCCACCGCCUGGAAGGACGACAUGUCCGAGCCCCGCCGCCUCUACGUCCUCUCCGCCAACAGCAAGGAGUCCCUCGCCGAGCAGCUGGAAAGCCUGACCAUCUACCUCGAGCGCCGCCCGUCCGCCUUCCAAAAGGAUCUGCUGGCCAACUUGGCCUACACCCUCGGCGAGAGGCGGUCCAUCCUCCCCUACAAGGCCGCCGUCUCCGCCAUCGACGCCAAGAGCCUGAGCACCGCCAUGGCCACGGCCAACGCCGCCCCCAGCCGCUCCACCAGGCCGCCCACCAUCGGCUACGUCUUCACCGGCCAGGGUGCGCAGUGGCAUGCGAUGGGCCGCGAGCUCAUCGCCCAGUACCCGGUAUUCAAGCAGUCCGUGGAGCGGUUCGACGCCUGCCUGACGGCCCUGGGUGCCAAGUUCAGCUUGAUGGAGGAGCUCCACCGCGACGACAAGACGUCCCGCCUGUCGGAUGCGGACCUCAGCCAGCCCGGAUGCACCGCCAUCCAGGUGGCCCUGACGGACCUCUUGGUAUCCUGGGACGUCCGCCCCGAUGCCGUCGUCGGCCACUCCAGCGGCGAGAUUGGCGCCGCGUACGCCGCCGGCGUGCUGUCCCUCGAGGAGUGCGCCGUCAUCGCCUACAGCCGUGGCCAGGCCGUUCUCCACCUCAAGGCGGACUACCCGGACCUCGACGGCGGUAUGCUGGCGUCCCGGAGCAUCACUGCCUCGGGCGACUCCGAGGCCAUCACGGAGCUGCAGCAAAAGAUUGAGGAGAAGCAGCUCUUCAACCGACGAGUCAGGGUCGACACCGCCUACCACUCCCACCACAUGGAGUUUGUGUCGGAAUGGUACGGCAAGGCCGUCGGCCAGCUCAACCCCACCACCAAGACCGAUGUCGCCUUCUUCUCCUCGCUCAACGGCCACUUGAUCGACUGCGAGCAGCUCGACACUUCCUACUGGGUCAACAACUUGACCCAGCCCGUCAAGUUCUCCCAGGCUCUCACCGACAUGUGCACGCCUGCCACCGGACGCAAGGAAAUCGACAUCCUCAUCGAGAUCGGCCCCCACUCCGCCCUCGAGGGUCCCGUCAAGCAGAUCCUCAAGGCCAUCACGUGCACCACCAAGAAGCCCACAUACCUCUCCACGCUGGUCCGCAACAAGGACGCCGUCGAGACCACGCUCAACCUGGCCGGCUCCCUGUUCGUGCGCGGCAGCAUGCUCGCGUUCCAGGGCGUCAACUUCCCCAACGGCAGCGCCAAGCCCCUCCGGCCCCUCAAGGACAUGCCCCGCUACCCCUGGAACCACACCACCAAGUACUGGUGGGAGUCCAGGAUCAGCAAGAACCAUCUCCACCGCCCGUUCCCCGAAACGACGUCGUCGGUGCCCUCGCGGAUUACUCCAACUCUCUGGAGCCCACGCCACGUGAUGCAAGACAUGAUCAUCUACCCCAUGGCCGGCUACCUCUCCAUGGCCGUCGAGGCGGCCGCGCAGCGCGCCAAGCUGUCGAGCCAAGUGUUUGACCGCUUCGUCUUCAAGGACGUCACCAUCAGCCGCCCCCUGGUUGUCCAAGAGGGCGCGGACUCCGAGCUCAACAUCACCCUCCGCGGGUUCACCGAGGGCACCAAGCAGUCGUCCAAGGCCUGGGACGAGUUCAGGGUGUUUUCCUGGAACAAGGACCGCAGCUGGAUCGAGCACUGCCGCGGCCUCAUCCGCGUGGAGCAGAGCACGGAAACCAACCCCGUGCGCGACCUCGCCUCCGAGGACCACGUCUCCCUCACGAGCCGCGCUGCCGAGAUCGAGGCGCGCUGCUCCGAGGCCGUCGACGGCAACCAGCUCUACGACGAGCUCGAGGGUGUAUCCGCCAAGUACAACGCGCAGUUCCGCUCCAUGGAGAACUGCACCGGAAGCGACACCAACUGCGUCGCCGACAUCGUCAUCCCCGACACGGCGCGCGUCAUGCCCAAGGGGUACGAGCCCGAGCUGUACAUCCACCCCGCUUUCCUCGAUCAAUUCACGCAUGCCGCUUGGGUCAUCUUGGGUGCCGGCCGCGGCCGCCUCCCCGCCCUUUACAUGCCGCGCUUCUUCAAGAGCCUCACCAUCUCCGCCAACCUCUCCAAGACCCCCGGGGACCGCUUCCGGCUGUACGGAGAGGGCAACCCGGACUUUGACCGCCCCAGGUCGACCCAGGUCACCAUGUUCGCCACCACCAUGGACGGUGCUUCUGAGAUGAUCCACAUGGAGGGCCUCGUCAUCGAUCCCAUCUUCGAGGCCGAUGGCGUUACCGACAAGCUCUCCGCGCGCGAGCUCUGCUACCGCGUGGGCUGGGAGCCCCUCGAUCUCGCAGACUCCGCCGCCGUGGCACAGCCCGCAGAGAUCUCUGAUAACAUUUCCAUCGUCUGCGGCAAGGAUCAAGACAGAUCCCUCGCGUCCCAGGUACAGCAGCUCCUCGCUUCGUCUGGCAAGGGCCAGGUGGAUAUUACGACGUUCGAGGAGGCUCCAACGGAUGGCCGCGUGUACGUUGUACUGAUGGAACUGGCCUCUCCGCUCCUGUCGGGCCUCGACGAGCAGCGAUUUUCUCGUCUGCAGAGUCUCAUCACAUCCGCCAAGGGUAUCCUUUGGGUGGUCCAGGGAGCGUACUCCGACUCUACGAACCCGGAGGUCGGCAUGGUCCUCGGUCUUGCUAGGACGAUCCGCUCCGAGUCCGCCAUGAAGUUUGCGACUCUCGACCUGGACGGCGUCAACCGCCUUUCGGACGUCGACAUGGCUGCCCAGAUUGAAGAAGUCGCCAAGUACGUCUUCAAGAAGGGCGGAUCGCCCACGGCCGACAUGGAGUUCCAGGAGCGAGAGGGCUCCCUCAGUGUUUGCCGCGUCGUCGACGACUUCGACAUGGAUGCGUUUGUCGAGCAAAACACCAACUCUACCACCGCGCCCUUCUUGCAGCCAUUCGAGCAGCCUGGCCGACCCCUCAAGAUUAACGUCGGCACAAAGGGCGCCCUCGACACCCUUCACUUCAUUGACGACGUCGGUGCCUUGGAACCCCUCGCCUCCGAUGAAGUCUCCAUCGAAGUCAAGGUGACGAGUAUGAACUUCAAGGACAUCAUGGUGUCCAUGGGCGAGGUCCCCAGCCCCUACAUCGGUGUCGAGUGCGCGGGCAUCAUCAAUGCCGUCGGCAGCGGCGUGACCGACCUCAAGAUCGGCGACCGCGUGUGCGCGAGCUCGGAGGGUGCUUACUCCACCUACACCCGCUGCAAGUCCACCAGCUGCGCCAAGGUCCCCGACGACAUGAGCCUCGAGGCCGCCUCCACCAUCCCCGUCGUCUUCUGCACGGCGUACUACGGGCUUUUCGAUAUCGGACGCCUGCAACGCGGCGAGUCCGUGCUGAUCCACGCCGCCGCCGGUGGUGUCGGCCAAGCCGCCAUCAUGCUCUGCCAGAUGAUGGGCGCCGAAAUCUACGCGACGGUGGGCAGCACCGCCAAGAAGACGUUCAUCAUGGAGACGUACGGCAUUUCCGAGGACCGCAUCUUCUUCAGCCGUGACACUUCGUUCGCCAAGGGCAUCAAGCGCGCGACCAACGGCCGCGGCGUCGAUCUCGUGCUCAACUCCCUGGCCGGGGAUUCCCUCCGCGCCACGUGGGAGUGCAUGGCGCACUUUGGCCGUUUCAUCGAGAUUGGCAAGCGUGAUAUCCUCGCCAACUCGGGCCUUCAGAUGGCAGUCUUCGAGCACAAUGCCACGUUCGCCUCUGUCGAUCUGACCGUCGUUGCUGCCGAGAGGCCGCUCGUGAUGAAGCGCCUCUUGGACGACGUCUUCCGUCUUUUGGGCUACGGAAGCAUUCGGCCCAUCGCUCCGAUCACGAUUUUCCCCGUCUCCAAUCUCGAGGCCGCGUACCGCACUCUCCAGGCCGGAAAGACCCACGGCAAGAUUCUCGUGACCGCCAAUGCGGGUGAUCAGGUCAAGGCUACCUAUUCAUCCAAGGCCCACAACCACCUGCUUCGAGGCGACGCGACAUACAUAAUCAUUGGCGGAUCUGGCGGUAUCGGCCGAAGCAUGAUCAAGUGGAUGACUCGCCGUGGAGCAAAGAACGUGGUCAUUGUGUCCCGUUCCUCCAGCGUGUCUCCUCAAGUUGCGGCGGUGAUGGAGGAUGCCAAGUCCAUUGGCUCCAACGUCGUCCUGCACCAGUGCGAUGUAGCAAACGCGGAAGAUGUCCAGCGAAUGGUCUCGCAGAUCAAGGAGACCCUGCCUCCCAUUCGCGGCGUGGUGCACAGUGCCAUGGUUCUACACGAUGUCCUAUUCGAGAACAUGAACUUUGGCCAAUGGCACGAAGUCGUCAAGUCCAAGGUCGCCGGCUGCUGGAACAUCCACGAAGCCCUCGCCGACGCCACCCUCGACUUCUUCAUCGCCCUCAGCUCCGUCUCGGCCAUCAUCGGCAACCGCGGCCAGGCAGCCUACGCGUCCGCCAACGCAUACCUCGACUCGUUUGUGCAGUUUAGGCGCCGUCUCGGCCUCGCCGCCACCGUGCUCAACUUGGCGGCGGUCAGCGAUACCGGCUACCUCGCCGAGAACGCCGAGCGCCAAAAGGAGGUCCUCGAGCAAGUCGGUGGCGAAGCCAUCAGCGAAAAGGAAAUCCUCGCCCUCGUUGCCGCUUCCAUCACCGGAAAGGCCGAGGAAACGUGCUCGUCCCAGGUCGUCACCGGCCUCAAGCUCCCGUCGUCCUUCUCGGGCGUGUGGUGGGCGUCGGAUGCCAAGUUCACCUCCCUGUGCGAGCGGACGCUGUCCGAGAAUGCCGGCGGCGAUGUCGGCGCCCAGGCCGUGUCUCCCGGAGCGGCGCUCAAGCGCGCAACCUCGUACGAGGAGGCCCAUGCCAUUGUGAUCUCGGCCCUGCUCGAUAAGACGGCCGAAGUCCUUAUGCUGCCGAGGGAAGAAUUGGACGGCUCCAAGGACACGGUGUUUUACGGCCUCGAUUCCCUCGUGGCGAUUGAGAUCCGCAACUGGAUUACCCGCGAGUUCGGCGCUGCGCUGCAGAUCUUGGAUAUGCUGAGCACGCCGUCUUUCAUUGUUUUGGCGGAGACGGUUCUCAAGAAGUCGGAAGUUGUUUCGUUUGAAAAGCCCGCUUAA